AUGUCAAACAUUGAGAUGGUCGAGCGGACAAGCUCCAUCGACGAUCCAUUUGCCGAGCCGGCUCAUGCCAAGAGUGCGAAGGCAUACGCCUCUGACGAUGGCUCGUCGGCGUUGAGGACUGCGAUUGCGACGGGCAAUAUGGAGCGCGUCGGUGUGAUGAUGUGGGUCCUGACGAUGUGUGCCGCGUUGUGUGGCUCAUUGUUUGGCUACGACACUGGCUACGUAUCCUCUGUUCUUGUCUCUCUGGAUCAGUUUGGCGACUUUGGCCUGCUUGGCGAUGGUACCAAGCAGUUUAUUACGUCGGCUACGUCGCUCGGCGCGUUGAUCGGAUCGGUCUGUGCCAUGUUCCCUUCCGACUGGUUCGGUCGGAAGGCCGUGAUUGCGUUGGCCAACAUUGUGUUUAUUGUAGGCGCCAUCAUCCAGGCGGCCGCGCACAAUACGUGGACACUGAUUGGCGGCCGUUUCGUUGUAGGUAUCGGUGUCGGCAUCGCGUCCAUGAUUGUGCCGUUGUGGAUUGGCGAAUUAGCCCCUGCCCACCUGCGUGGACGAUUGGUGACGCUCAAUGUCGUGUUCCUUACGCUCGGUCAGCUGGUAGCUACCGCCGUAGGUGCUGGCUUUGAAGGCGUCCAUGGCGGUUGGCGCUACACAGUCGCUGGCGGUGCGAUCCCUGCGAUCAUUUCCCUGGCGACGAUGGCUUGGCUGCCAGAGUCGCCACGGUACGAUAGUCACCGCGGCAAUCUCGAGCGUGCUGUACGUACGUUCCGCCGGAUCUAUCCACAUGCGACCGAGGAGUACUGCCGGCAGCGGGCUGAAGAUCUGGCUCAAGCACUGCAUCAGCUGGACACUCGUAUGGAGAAGCUGCCGUACAUGCAGCGCCUGCGCAUGCUGUUGACUGGGCCGAACGCGCGUGCCCUUGCGAUCGCAUGCGGUCUGCAAGCAAUGCAACAGCUCUCUGGUUUCAAUACGCUGAUGUACUACAGUGGUACCAUCUUCGAGGCGAUUGGCUUUAACAAGCCUGUUGCUGUCUCGUUGAUUGUAAGUGCCACCAACUUCCUGGCGACGCUCUUUGCAUUGCGUUUUAUUGACUUGAUUGGUCGACGUCGUGUACUUCUGUGGUCGGUGCCGAUCAUGGUCGCAGCCUUGGUCUUUGCAGCAAUUUGCUUUGCGUUCCUUCCGACCACACCAAGCGGUGAUGUGGUAUCCGAUAUUCCUUCGGGUCGGAAAGUAUGGACGUAUCUGAUUAUUGUUGCGUUCAUUAUUUACGUCUUCUUCUAUGGCUUUGGUAUCGGCAAUGUGCCGUGGCAGCAGGGCGAGCUGUUUGCGAUCGAGACGCGUGCUGUGGGAACCAGCAUUGCAACGGCGACCAACUGGGCAUGCAACUUGAUCAUUGGUGCGACCUAUCUAUCGCUGGCUCGGGCUGCGACCUCGUCUGGUUCGUUCGGCUUUUACGCUGGUCUGUGUGCGAUUGGCUUUGUGUUCUGCUUGUUCUGUUUCCCAGACACGCGAGGUUUGUCGCUCGAAGAAGUCCACUUCAUCUUCCGUGGGUCGUGGGGCAUUCGCGCGGCCGAAGAACUGCGAAACGAGAAGAAACGCGUGGCGGAAGAGGCACGUGCGCGCGACGCCAUCGAGGCGGCUUUGGCGCCGCGCAUGGACUCGCCUAUGGAUGCGUCAACGACACAGUUUGUCAAACAGCCCACCCAUAUCACAGUUACGCGCACACGCAACGGUGAUGGCGAUCUAGAUGCCGUGGAUAUGCUGGACCCCCUCGACGACUACAAGUCGACCAGCUUUACGAGCAGCGGCACGUCCGGCAUGAAUGGCUCGACCCCAGCUGCGCUGCCCCUGAGCCUUCCUAGUGAGAUUCAGCCACCGGAGUUGGCACCAGUUCGUCGCUCGCAUUCAUUGCCGUACUUGCACGACGCCGCACAGUCAGAGAUAGACGUCGUGCAUCCCCCGCAGGUGGAUGCAUCGCAAUCGACGAACCCACUGAGCCGCUAUUUGGGCAUGCAUGGCGAUGCGCUCAUGAUGUUUGUGACGUGCUUUGCCAGUCUUGGUGUGUUUAUGUUUGGCUACGACCAGGGCGUGAUGAGUGGCAUUCUCACACACCCUGCCUUUAAAGAGUUCUUUGAGCAUCCGACGGCGGCACAGGUCGGUACUAUGGUCGCGAUUCUCGAGAUUGGGGCAUUGCUGACGUCGCUGCUAAGUGGUGUGCUUGCAGACCGCUUUGGCCGCAAGGCUGUGCUCGUGUGGGGCGCGCUUCUCUUUUCGCUGGGCGGUAUGGUGCAAACGUGUGCUCUUGGGUACCGCUCCAUGGUGGUGGGCCGCAUUCUCUCAGGUUUCGGUGUGGGCUUUCUCAGCAUGAUUGUGCCGACGUAUCAAAGUGAGGUAUCGCCAGCGGAGAACCGCGGCAAGUUGGCGUGCAUCGAGUUUACCGGCAACAUUGUGGGGUACAUGGCCAGCGUGUGGUUUGACUAUGCGAGUGGGCUCCUGGAAGGCAAUAUGGCCUGGCGCACGCCUCUGCUCGUCCAGCCUAUGAUUGGAUUGACGCUGGCGUUUGGGUCGGUCCUGCUGCCAGAGAGUCCACGCUGGCUGUGUGACCAGGACCGCGAUAAGGAGGCGAUGCUGGUUCUCACAGAUCUCCACGACAAGGACGAUCCACGACAUGUGCGUGCGAAGCUGGAGUUCUGGGAAAUCAAGACGAGUGUACUUCAAAUGCGUGCGCAGGGCGACCGAUCGUAUCGUACGAUGUGGCAGCGACUGCGCUACCGCACACUGAUCGGCAUGUCAUCGCAAAUGUUUGCGCAGUUGAAUGGCAUCAAUGUGAUUUCGUACUACGCGCCGCUGGUCUUUGAGAGCGCCGGCUGGAUUGGCCGUGACGCGAUUCUCAUGACGGGGCUCAACGCGAUCAUGUAUGUGCUCUCGACGAUUCCCACUUGGUUCCUUGUGGAUACGUGGGGCCGCCGUCCGAUUCUGCUUACAGGGGCUCUUCUGUGUGCGCUGACGCUAGGGGCAUGUGGUCUCUUCUUGCGCGCCAAUGUAUCGUACACGCCCACUGCUGUGGUAGCGUGUGUCAUCUUGUUCAACGCGGCGUUUGGGUUCUCAUGGGGCCCUAUUCCGUGGGCAUGGACGCCCGAGAUCAUGCCUUUGGCGUUCCGUGCGAAGGGCUCGUCGCUCGCGGCAGCCACCAACUGGGUAUUCAACUGGAUUGUGGGGCAGCUUACACCGGUUCUGCAAGAGGAAAUUGGAUGGAAGUUGUACCUGCUGCAUGCUUUCUUCUGUCUGUGCUCGUUCGUGGUCGUAUACCUGUUCUACCCAGAAACCCAAGGUGUGCCAUUGGAAGAAAUGGAUACGCUGUUUGGCGAUGAAGGCGCGCCCAUCCCGCAAAUGGACUAUGAGACAGGCGAAGUGCGCUCCUCGCACGGCUCCGAUCCAGAAGUGUGUCGCGUGCGUCGCUCCAUCAGUACACACCCGCGCUUCUUCGACGAUGUCCAGCAGGAAGUGCAACGGCGGCAGCGCGAGUCGGCACACUCUACCUCGUGGCUCGCUCAGACAUGGUCCCGUAUGACCAGUGCCUUUGGCUCCCAAAACCGCGGCUCCUAUGAAGCACUACCAGUGGAUUCGACAUCGUAG